AUGCCCAGCCACGCUCAGCUGCUCGGCUCGCACCGCCUGGCGGUUGCUCCCUCGCUGCAGGUCUUCGCCGACGGCCAAAGACUGCUCUUCAACGCAGGCGAAAACGUGCAGAGAUUUCACCUGGAGCACAAGCUGCACUUAGCGCGAGUUUCAGACGUCUUCUUGACUUCGCUGUCUUCCUCCACAGUCGGCGGCCUCCUGGGGCUGCUGCUCUCGAUUGAAGGCGCAGGCCGCGAAGGCGACCCCCUGCGCCUCUGGGCUCCGCCGCACAUUCGAGCCUUCAUCGACGCUGCGGCGAAGUCUUUCGCAGGCCUGCGAUAUCUGGAUCUAGAGUUCCGCACGCCGCCGUUUCCUGAGCCUCGAGCGGGGAGGUCGUCGCUGCCUGCUGCCUCCUCCUCCGCGGGGUCCUCGGCCUCUGAGUGCGUCGCCGAAACGCUCUCGUCGGGGGUCAGCGUUGAGGCGUUUCUGCUGCCGCACUCGCGCUCGCACAGGGUGCGCGACAGCCAGCGGAUUCAGCAGACGCUGCGGCGCCUCUUUUCGGGGCAAAAGCCGCACUGGGAGACGGACAGCGAAGACGAAGCGCACCGUGAAAACGGAGAAGACAGCGGCCUCGAAAACCUCCAUGACGGCAGUGAAGGCGAGGGUGGUUUCAAUCCGCUUCUGGAGGAGGUGCCAGGUGAUUCAGAGAUGAAGUCGUUGGAGGCCAAUGGAGAGCUGCCCGCGAACGACGCGGAGGCCAGCCGUGCAGACGCGCGCGACGGCACCGGCGAGUCUGAGCGAAAGAAAAAGCGAAUCUCGCCUCGCGCCACUGAGCGCUCUCCAUUGCCCACAGACGCAAUUGGAGCGCCGCCUUGCUCUCUCGAGUUCCCCUCCUCUGCUUGUUCUACUGUUUCCUCUUCUUCUUUGCCGCCUGCUUCGCCGUUCCGUUCUUGCGGAGAGGCGCAUCAUCCCGUCGAGAAGCAAUCCGCGAAAGAACUGACCUUCUUCAAGUGGCAUGGGGAAUCCCCAGACGAACCCUGCGACUGUGUCGCGUACGUCCUCAAGUGGCCGCUUCUCCCUGGGAAAUUCUUUCCAGAAAAAGCUAAGGCCUUAAAGGUUCCGGUGGGGCCACUGUUUGGUCGGCUUAAAAACGGAGAAUCGGUUGAAAUUCCAGGCGAGGCCGGCCGCGUGGUGACUCCGGCGGAAGUCUGCGGUCCAGGGCAACCUGGACAGACUGCAGUUGUCCUGCAGUGCGUCGAGCCGCAGCAGGCCACUUUCGCGCUGAAUCACCUGAACGUUGACCUGAGUUGUCUGACUUUCGUUUUCCACAUGACGGCGCCCUCGAUUCUGCGCUCGCCGGAAUACAAGCGUCUGGUGCAGGGCCUCUCGGGGCAAUGCACGCGGCACGUUCUCUGCAACCAAUGCGACUCGGGCGUCGCUGCAUCGCCGUUUGUGCAUGCCACAAAGCUUCGGCAGUUCCUCCAAGACAUCAUGCCCCCGAUUUUCCCCUUUUCGUCCUCGCCUGUCGCGCUUCCGCCCCUUACGUAUGCGUCGGACUCUGAGGCUUCGUCCCUAACGCUGAGUCGCCUCUGGGAGCUCGAAGACUCUGCGGUCGUCCAGCCUAACGGCUUAGUGAAAUUCGAUCUCUCGGCCUUCGAGAAGCGAGAGAUCGACGCCUCGGCGGAACUUACGGCCUUCAGGCCGCGGUUUUCCGACGCGAGAUUGGAACGCGUCAGGGCUCUAGCCCAGACGCGCACGCGCUGUCGCAGCAUCCUGGCGCGUCGCAGGGAGGCUCCAGGCCUGUCUUCAAUCGCGUCGUCUUCCGAGUCGUGCUCACCGGCUUCCUCUGAUGAGCGUGUCUCGCUCGCCAUCCCACCGGCCUCUCCUGCCUCGCUUUUGUCUCGCGCCUCCCUUCCUGCGGUGAUUCUUCUGGGCACGGGCGCCGCUGCGCCCUCGCAGUAUCGAAACGUGUCGGGGCUUCUCUUGGCAAUCCGCUCGGAUCUCUCGUUUGUGCUCGACUUCGGCGAAGGCUCGCUCGCGCAGCUCUUCAGCAUGUCUCAGUCGUGGACGGAGUUCCAUGAGCUGCUUCGUUCGAUUCGGUUGAUCUUCAUUUCGCACUGCCACGCAGACCACCACCUCGGCGUCUGCAGCUUGCUCGAAGUCCGCGCGGCAAUUUGCCCCUGCGAAGCGCCCCCCGUGGUGAUUGCGCCAGCCCGCCUGCAGCCUUGGCUGUGCUUCUUCGAUCGACACGUCACCCGUAUUCCGCACACGUUCCGGAGUUCAGACACCAUCGCCGUUGACGCGUCUGCUGAGCGCCAGCAACACGGUGAUAAGGCGGAGGCAGGAGACUGCUCGUUCUCCGCUGCACAGUUCCUGGGCGCUGACGCAAGCGACGUCACGCUACGCGCAACUCCGGUCGAGCACAUUCCGCAGGCGUAUGGUGUGCGCGUCGACUUCAAAGCCCUUGGCGCUGACCAGGCUUCUGUGGGAGACUUCAGCGUCGUUUAUUCGGGCGAUACACGCCCAUGUCAACGGCUGUUCGACCUCGCGAGGAAUGCUACAGUCCUCAUUCAUGAAGCGACGUUUGAGGACACGUUGAUUCAGGAGGCGAUUGAGAAGCGUCAUUCCAGUUUAAGUGAAGUCGUUCGCGGCGCUCUCGACUGCCGAUGUGCCAACCUGGUCCUGACGCACUUCAGUCAGCGCUACCCGAAGAUCCCGGUGUUGACUGUCGAAGACGGCACAGAAGCCUUUGUAAUGGGCGAGGAAAGCCCCGGCGCGACCGCAGCAAUGCCGCACAGCACUGAGGCUGAAGCGGGAGCUCCGGGUGCAGGCAAAGCCCCUCUCACUGUCUUCUCACAACAAAAAUGCGAGGACGGCAAGAAUCCGAUGCAUAUUCUCUUCGCGUUUGAUUGCAUGCGACUGCCGUUGAAUGACCUUGAAGAGCUUUCACAGUGCCUCAAGCUCUUGCCUCCUGUCAUCAACGAGCUCUUUGUGACAGAGUAA